AUGGAGGAUACUAAUUUCAGCAAAGAAGUGUACUCUAAUACAACAUCCUCAACCUCUUCUAGAAUCGCAGACCAAGAUCGACUUAACCUAAACGUGGAUCUCGAAAAAAAUCAGACUGUAAGGGAAUCAGGUUCGCUGGAAUCAUUACAGAUUGCAAAGAUACGUAUUCCCAAACACAGUGAUGGUUCACCACUGGACUAUCCAAAAUUGAACACUUACACGUUUGUGCCAACCACAGUGCCGCCUUAUGUUCUAGAAGCGCAGUUUGAUAAACUUAGACUUCAGGAUAAAGGCGCCGUAGAUGGCAAUGUUACUGAUGAUAAAAACCUUCCAAAAGAAUUUAAAUGGGGCCAAUUUGCAUCUAACAUCGGUUGUCAUUCUGCAUACACUAAAGACCAAAACGAUAACCAUGACCAUAAAUCCUACGACAAUUAUUCUCUAUCAUCAAGUACCUCAUCCAAAAACGCCGCUCUUAGAGAAAUUCUGGGUGAUAUGUGCAGCGAAUGGGGGGGUGAAGAGCGCUUGGAAGGUGUGCUACAUUCAGAAAUAGGCGCCAAUUUAGAGUUUAAGACGACAGAAGAGAGAAAAGAGUGGUUACAGUAUAUUGAAAAAGUAAAAGAUUUCUAUUACGGCGAUAACAAGAAAAACCCAGAAUCACCCGAAACAGUACACAACAAAACCUACAAAUCUGAUUGGGUAAAUGAGCUUAAUAAGGAGAGAGAAAAGUGGCGGAGGUUAAAACAAAGGAAGUUACAACAAUGGAGGCCUCCUUUAACGUCGCUAUUACUAGAUAAUCAAUAUUUAAUCUUGGGUUUGAGGAUCUUCACUGGUGUGCUGUCAUGCAUUUCACUUGCUUUAGCAAUCAAAAUUUUCCAAAACUCAAGAUCGAAUAAUACCAUCAGUGAAAGCAAAAUCGGGCAACAACCAAGUACUAUAAUGGCUAUCUGCGUUAACGCGGUUGCGAUUGCGUAUAUUAUUUACAUCGCACAUGAUGAAUUUGCUGGUAAACCUGUUGGGUUGAGGAACCCAUUAAGCAAACUGAAACUAAUUUUGUUGGAUUUACUGUUUAUAAUAUUUUCAAGUGCUAAUCUAGCAUUGGCAUUUAAUACUCGUUUUGACAAAGAAUGGGUUUGCACUUCUAUUCGCAGGUCAAAUGGAAGUACAUAUGGAUACCCAAAAAUACCACGUAUCUGUAGAAAACAGGAGGCUUUAUCUGCCUUUCUAUUCGUUGCCUUAUUUAUGUGGGUAAUUACUUUUUCGAUCAGUAUUGUUAGAGUAGUUGAAAAAGUCAGUUCAAUCACCAACAGAAACUGA